UCUUUUCCAGCUGCUUAUAAAACCCAUUACUCUGCGCAGGAAUUUCCGCUAUAGUCAACCCGACAUGGCGGAUCAGGCGGAGGCGAUUAAGUCAUCUGCCCAGAGUCGGCAGAGAAGAAAGAGACUGCUGGAUGCCAGGAAGACGGUCCUUGCUCCAGACGAAGAGGAGUUCUGGAAUGGCAUCACAGCAGACAUGAUGUCGGAUGAGGAGGACGGCAGUGUAGAUGGCGUACAUGGAUGGAUUGUGUGGCCUCCAUCCUUCUGCAGCCAGGAGCUUUCCAACUUGUGUGCUGCCCUACAGGCCAGGCUGGAAGCUGAUGGAAGGUACACAGCUCUUCGUCACAGACGUUUUUACAAUGGACAGCCGUCUGAAAGACUGAAGCCAUUGAAAUACGACAGGGCAGCAGCCAGGAACCAUUUAAUUCCAGAGCUGAUGCCUGCGACCAGCCCGGAGUGA